GUGACAGGUGGAAAAGGUAGUAGACCCAUAGCUAUUCUAUUCCCUCAAACAUUACAAACCUAUAUAGAUUUCUUUGUUAAAAUCCGCCAAGAACAUCACUUAGUACCCGAAAAUAAUCCAUAUUUAUUGGGUGUCCUGGAACUUCGAAGUGGACAAGAGGGGAUGUUAUUAUACGGAAAUUUGCCCAAGAAGCUGAUCUAGAAUUUCCCAAACAAAUAUCUUCUAACAGAUUACGGAAGCAAAUUGCAACGGUAAUGCAAAUUCUUAACCUUAGUAAGGAAGAGAGUGAACAAUUCGCCCACUUCAUGGGACAUACUGAAAAAACCCACAAUGAAUUUUAUAAGCUGCCACAAGAUGUGUACCAAACCGCAAAAAUUUCCAAACUCCUAAUGUUAAUGGAAAAGGGCGUUGACAAGUAUAAAGGAAAGUCGCUAAAUGAAAUUAAUAUUAAUCCAAUGAGUGAAUUUGCUGAAGAAGAAUCAGAUAAUGAAGAUAACGAUUUCCUAGAUGCAAAUGAAUCUGACUGUACGGCAUUUCAAGCAAUCCCGGAAGAAGAAAGUCGACCAGUAUCGAAGAAGAAAAUAUCAGGGAGGACAUUCUGGACUUCUGAACAGGCUCUUCUAGUGAAAAAACAUUUCAAGUCCCACAUUAGCACAAAAAAGGCCCCCAAAAAGAAUGAAUGCAUGCAUUAAUAGGAAAGUAUCCCGAGAUAUUCCAUGACAAAGACUGGGUUCGCG